GUGUGUAUUACAGUACCUCUGUGUGUAAUAGUACCUCGUAUCUCAAUGUGUAUUAUUUUACCUCGGUGUGUAUUUGUUUUUUACCUCGGUGUGUAUUAUUGUACCUCAGUGUGUAAUAUAGUAUCUCAGUGUGUAUUAUUGUACCUCAGUGCGUAUUAUAGUAUGUCAGUGUGUAAUAUAGGGUCUCAAUGUGUAUUAUUUUACCUCGGCGUGUAUUAUAGUAUCUCUAUGUGUAUUAUAGUUUGUAUAUAUGUUUGUUCCUCAGUGUGUAAUAUAGUAACCUCGAUGUGUAUUAUUGUGCCGCAGUAUGUAUUAUAG